AUGAACCUAAAUGUAUUUGUUAAUAACUUGCUCGGUGUCAUUCAGUCCGCUAGGGAUAUUCCAUGGUUGCGAUGGCUCCUCAGAUUUCUGGCAUUGUCUCAGGCGAUAGAGCCCGUGGGAUGGCCAGCUUCCUUCCCUUUAAAAGAUGGCGACUCAUUCGACUUCAUAGUAGUUGGCGCAGGUUCUGGCGGCGCCACUGUUGCUGCUAGGUUAAGUGAAAUUCGACAAUGGAAGGUUCUGCUUUUGGAAGCAGGAGGGGAUCCCGCAGUUGCUGGUGUGAUACCGAGUUUGUUUGCAACACUCGCUCACACAGAGUAUGAUUGGGACUAUACUGCUCAACUCGAUGAAGGGAUCGGUCAAAGUCAUCCCGGCGGGAAAAUAUUCAUGACUCGAGGAAAAAUGUUAGGAGGGUCGUCUUCCAAUAACUAUGAAAUUUAUACUAGAGGUGUACCAGAGGACUACAACGAAUGGAGUGAAGUAGCUCCCGGAUGGGACUGGAAUACUGUUCUUUAUUACUUCAAAAAACUUGAACGUAUGACAGAUCCAGUAGUACUCAGUAAUCCUUAUAAUGCUAAGCUGCAUUCAACGUCUGGACCCGUCGCAAUAUCAAGACCUAAAGCAAACGCUGUAUUUGAAAAAAUAAACGAAAGAGUUCUUAAUGCAUAUGAGGAAAUUGGAAUAAAGAGAGUUUUAGAAAAUAAUGGCCCAGAAAUUGUAGGGGCUUCUCGACCACAUUUUACUUUUGCUGAUGGUAGAAGAUCAAGCACAGCUGAAGCGUAUUUAAGACCAGCUCAAGACAGACCAAACUUUUUUGUCACGAAAUUCGCUAGAGUUACUAAUGUAUUAAUAGACCCUUUAACUAACAGAGCUCAUGGUGUUCGGGUCAUACUUAAUGCGUGUGAAAAAAUAGAUGUUUUUGCAAAUAUAGAAGUGAUUUUAUCAGCAGGAUCUAUCGAUACACCAAAGAUUUUAAUGCUGUCUGGUAUAGGACCUUCCGAAAUAUUAGAACCGUUACACAUAAAUGUUAUAACUGACCUUCCAGUGGGUAAAAACUUACAAGAUCAUAGUUUUACUCCGUUAAUUUUCACUGGACAAAGAGGUAUUCAAACUGCGAUUCAGAAUGUAUACCUCGCUUCUGAGCUAGAUUCUUACCCAAUACCCCUUCAGUGCGGUUUUCUCAAAGUAAAUUCUUCUCUUUAUAAUGAAAAAAGAGAAAAACCAAAUAUUCAAACUUUCAACAUUCACGCCGGAGCCACUGCAGUUCCAAUUAUAUUAUAUGGAUGUCGAACGAUCAUAAACCACGAUGAUGAUUUUUGCUUUUCGAUGAGCGAAGCGAACGUUUACUAUGAAAAUGAUAUUACUUUUCUCAUUCUUCUACACCCAUUAUCUAGAGGACAAGUAAAAUUGAGAAGCAAUAACCCGUUUGAUGCUCCCAUUAUAGAGUUAGGAUACUAUAGAAAUAAAAUAGAUGUAUCUUUAGCAGUUGAAGCUGUAAAAUUUAUGCUAAGGCUCACCGAGACAUCCUAUUACCGAAAAGUGGGUAGUAAAGUAGUGAAACUAAAAGUAAAGGGUUGUGAAGGUCUCGUAUAUGGAACAGAUGAAUAUUGGAGAUGUUAUGUAGUGAAUACUGUUGAUUCAAUGUUACAUCCAGUUGGGACGUGCACGAUGGGACCGGAUGGUGUUGUCGAUGAAAGAUUGAGAGUCUACAACAUUAAGGGCUUGCGGAUAGUGGAUGCUUCGAUAAUGCCUCUCAUUCCUAGUGGUAAUACUAACAUACCGACAAUAAUGAUCGGCGAAAAGGCGGCUGAUAUGAUUAAAGAGGACUAUAGCUUCACUUGGCAGUAG